UAAUCAAAAUUUUAAAACCAAAAAUCGUGUAGAUUCCUGUAAUAAAGGAACAGAGAGACUAAAGUAAAGUUGCUGAAUGAAUAAAUUUUUUUCUCUCUUGUUUAAAACUUAUAAAAAUAGAAAAUUUCAACGAAUUGGGAGUAUCACACACGCUCAUCGAAUUUCCAGACACAGGAGUGUUCCCGUGUUCUUUGAGCACAAAAGUAUAGCAUCAAGAAAGCGCAUACAAAAAAAAGCUUCCUUUGCAUCGAGAUUAAACAGAGGAUCUACGCAACGAACCAGGUUUCUUCAUCUCAUUAAUCUCUAUCGUCCGUCAAGCUUUCGUUUCUCGAUCUCUUUAUCUAAAUCUCUAGAUUUGUUUAUAUGGUGUUAUUGGUGGGUCUGAGUUUAGUAUGUUCUGUAGUGCGCUAGAUCUAAAUCGCAGCUUCGAGAUUCUGAUGGUGUCGGUGGUGUUUGAGAAUAGUUCUUAUAUUUGAUGCACGACGGAUGGAUAAUAAAAAACUUGAUCUUAGGGAUAUAAUCUACGGGAAGGGCUUUUUAGAAAUAUUCCUUUUUUUUUUUGUAAUCGGUAAUGCCACUUUUGAGAGGUUUUAAAAAGAGUUGUAAUAAGUUGCUUAAUAUGAGGUUAAUCUAGCUGCUGAGAUGUCCUAUUGAUUGAUUGGUUGAUGAUGAAUCCUAGUCCGGAGAUGUUUUUAUGGGGUGGAGAGCCUUGUCGUCUUAAUUUUUAAUUAUCUCUAUAUUUGUGUCGUAGUUCUCAAGCUUUGAGCUUUGAUGUUGCGUGAGAAUCUGGCAACUUAAAUGUGCGUGUUUUAGUAAAUCUUCUUCUUACUAUAUAUGUGGCUCUCAAAACUCUACCAAGGUUUCUCACUGUCUCUGUCUGAUCGAGCCUGAACUCGAGAUUGUUUGCUUAUUCUAAAAGAUUCAGACUUUCAAGAAGAGCUGUGAAUCAAAUAUACACUUGACGGUUUUCUUCUAGAAGGGCUUGUUUUCUCGUCUCAUGAUCACUGCUUCACAGCAAUGGGGUAUGUAGUAAACGUGGAGAAGAGAUGGGUAUUCCCUCUCGUCAUCACAUCUCUCGUCUGCGUUUUCCUCCUCGCAACCUCUUUCAACAUGGGCCUCGUCUCCUCCCUCCGCAAAAUCAACGGCAUUUUCUCCAUCAUCCCUUCCCCUCUCGCCAAAAACCAAACCACCAAGCUCGACUUCGCCGAGUCCAAAGUCGCUAAACAAACCCGUCCUCACGAAGACAAGCUCCCUCGUUUCGCGUACCUCGUCUCCGGGUCCAAAGGAGACGUGGAGAAGCUCUGGAGAACGCUUAGAGCAGUGUACCAUCCGAGAAACCAGUACGUUGUCCACAUGGAUCUCGAGUCUCCCGUGGAUGAGAGACUAGAGCUGGCUUCUCGGAUUAAUAAGGAUCCCAUGUAUUCCAAAACCGGGAAUGUCUAUAUGAUAACAAAGGCUAAUCUUGUCACGUAUAGAGGACCGACGAUGGUGGCUAAUACACUUCACGCUUGUGCUGUUUUGCUUAAGAGAAGCGCUAACUGGGAUUGGUUUAUUAAUCUCAGUGCUUCAGACUAUCCCCUGGUUACACAAGAUGAUCUGCUUCAUACGUUUUCGACUCUGGACCGGAACCUCAACUUUAUCGAACACACAAGUGAUCUCGGUUGGAAAGAGGAGAAGAGAGCAAUGCCAGUAAUGAUUGAUCCUGGACUCUACAUGUUGAACAAAUCAGAUAUAUACUGGGUCACACCUCGUCGAAGUUUGCCAACUGCGUUUAAACUAUUCACUGGAUCUGCUUGGAUGGCUCUGUCACGUCCCUUUGUAGAGUACUGCAUAUGGGGAUGGGACAACUUACCAAGAACUCUCCUAAUGUACUACACCAACUUCGUCUCAUCGCCAGAAGGUUACUUCCAAACAGUAAUCUGCAACGUCCCCGAGUUCUCAAAAACCCCGCUCAACCAUGACCUCCACUACAUCUCAUGGGACACUCCCCCGCAGCAGCACCCUCACGUGUUGUCCCUCAACGACACGUCGCAGAUGAUAUCCAGCGGUGCUGCGUUUGCUAGGAAGUUCAAAAGAGACGACCAAGUGCUCGAUAUGAUCGAUAAGGAGUUGCUUGGACGGAGAAACGGUGAUGAUGGUUUUACUCCUGGUGGGUGGUGCGGUGGGAAACCAAAGUGCUCCCAGGUCGGUGAUGUGGCUAACAUUAAGCCUGGUGCUGGAGCUCAGAGGCUUCAGGGACUAGUGGACAGGUUAGUCAACGAGGCUAAAACAAGAGUUAAUCAGUGUAAAUAGAUUGAGGAAUCGAAUCCAGGGAGGGAGAGUUGGACUGUUUCUUACCAUAUAUAAUAUAUAUAUACAUAUAGGGUUUAGAGAGACACUAUUAGACAUUGUUUUGAUUAUUGAGUUAGAUGUCUUGUAUACCACGACACUUACUGGUCUCAUAUUGGAGAUUAGUUUUUUC